AUGGAGUCGAUAAACCAGUGCCACUGCUGCCUGCAGCGGCCUUCGGCGAAAGAUUUGAUGACACCGUAUACUCAUCUCGGAAUAACGGAAAUAUAUUCGCACAUGAUCGAAGAAUGUUUUGUGAUUAAACUACCAUCAUGUGAUACAGGCAAGAGUGGUAUCUGCACGGUGUGUCUUGCUCGCCUGCGGGAGGCGUGUUUCUUCAAGAUGCAAGUUCAGCACAGCCAGGCUGAAUUGCAGGGCCGGUUACAAUUUUUAGAGGGAAAAUUGACCGUCAAAGAUGAGAAAGCCAUAAAUGAAUCAGAUUUACUAUCUGACGAUGGCGCGUUCAGCAAACCUUUAUUGUCCUUGCCCGGAGAUCAUAAAGUAAACACGGCGCCUCUGUCCCCGCGCGCUAUGCAGAAGCUCUCGCUAGGAUGCUUUGUGAAGCUGGAGCGCCUUCGCGACUCAACGCGCGUGAGCCAGCCGCGCCGCGUGACGUCACACUGCGAGAGCCAGCCGUGCCCCGUGACGUCACACCGCGAGAGCCAGCCGUGCCCCGUGACGUCACACCGCGAGAGCCAGCCGUGCCCCGUGACGUCACACCGUGAGAGCCAGUCGUGCCCCGUGACGUCACACCUUGAGCCAAGCCCCGUGAUAUCAUACUUCGAGUGCACCUCCACCAGUGUGCAGCACAAGCCCGCUCACACACACACACAAGCCUACACACACGACACCCGCCCUGCACACAUAGCAGACGACUCUAGUUUAAUAAAAAAUGAUUAUAAGGAUAACGAUGUGAAGGAUGAGGUACUUGAUGAGUCGUACGUGGAAUCAUCUUUUAAAAAGGAGCCUGAUGACGACUUGGAAGAGGAUCAGGUGCUUGAUACGCCGUCAGCAGCAGUCGAGGUCCCGCCAUGGCCGCUUGCCGCCCGUGUGACCCUGCCCCCGGCUAGCUUCACGAGCCUCGAGCACCGCGACUCACUACCCGCGCAGUCUGCGCCCGUCACCUCACACGAUCACACUCCGUCUGUCGCGCUGCCUGACGCCACACAACACACACACCAUCACACUCCGUCCACGCUGCCUGAAGCCACACAACACACACAUCAGACUCAGUCCACGCUGCCUGACGCCACACAACACACACAUCAGACUCAGUCCACGCUGCCUGACGCCACACAACACUCUCACACACAACUCUACACUCCGUCCACGCUGCCUCACGCCACACAACACACACUUCUUUACACUCUAUCCACGCUGCCUGACGCCUCACAACACACACAUCUCUACACUCCGUCGACGCUGCCUGACGCCACACAACACACACAUCUCUACACUCCGUCCACGCUGCCUGACGCCACACAACACACACAUCUCUACACUCCGUCCACGCUGCCUGACGCCACACACCACACACACCAUCACACUCCGUCCACGCUGCCUGAAGCCACACAACACACACAUCAGACUCAGUCCACGCUGCCUGACGCCACACAACACUCUCACACACAACUCUACACUCCGUCCACGCUGCCUCACGCCACACAACACACACUUCUUUACACUCUGUCCACGCUGCCUGACGCCUCACAACACACACAUCUCUACACUCCGUCCACGCUGCCUGACGCCACACAACACACACAUCUCUACACUCCGUCCACGCUGCCUGACGCCACACAACACACACACCAUCACACUCCGUCCACGCUGCCUGAAGCCACCCAACACACACAUCAGACUCAGUCCACGCUUCCUGACGCCACACAACACUCUCACACACAACUCUACACUCCGUCCACGCUGCCUCACGCCACUCAACACACACUUCUUUACACUCUGUCCACGCUGCCUGACGCCUCACAACACACACAUCUCUACACUCCGUCGACGCUGCCUGACACCACACAACACACACAUCUCUACACUCCGUCCACGCUGCCUGACGCCACACAACACACACACCAUCACACUCCGUCCACACUGCCUGACGCCACACAACACACACAUCACACUCCGUCCACGCUGCCUAAUGCAACACAACACACACAACUCUACACUCCGGCCACACUGCCUGACGCCACACAACACACACACCAUCACACUCCGUCCACGCUGCCUGACGCCACACAACACACACAUCACACUCCGUCCACGCUGCCUGACGCCACACAACACACACAUCUCUACACUCCGUCCACGCUGCCUGACGCCACACAACACACACAUCUCUACACUCCGUCCACGCUGCCUGACGCCGCACAACACACACAUCAUCACACUCCGUCCACGCUGCCUGACGCCACACAACACACACAUCUCUACACUCCGUCCACGCUGCCUGACGCCGCACAACACACUCGCACAGAUAACCAGCAGACACAUACUGACACAAUGUAUCCAUGCAACAUCUGUUCCCAAAACUUCUCGAACAAAACUCUGCUCAAACGGCAUGAAUCCACUCACAAGGAACAAACAUACAUUUGCGAUACCUGUAAUAUGAAGUUCAGAGAAAAAUCAAUUUUGGUGAAACAUAUUUUUAACAAACAUAUUCUGAAGAUAUGUCACGUGUGUAAUGUUUGCAACAAAUCGUUUAAAGAAUGGUCUGGAUUAAGGCAGCAUCGAAAAAUUCACACUGGGAACAAUGACAAACCAUUCGAGUGUGACAUAUGUAAUAAGAAAUAUCCACUUCUUGAAUAUUUAAAGAGACACAUGGUGCUUCACAGUGGUGAUAAAAGAUAUCAGUGCGAAGUAUGUAAAAAACAGUUCAGAUCUACUGCUUCAUUGAGAAUACACCAAAAAACACACACAGGAGAUAAACCAUUUAGCUGUGAUUUAUGCGGCAAACGUUUCAUAACAAAUCAUUCGUUAUCUCUACACAAAAUAACUCACACGAAAGAGAAAUUAUAUAAAUGUGAUGAAUGUAAUGAUUUAUUUAAACACUUUGGCAGUUUGAGAAGACACAAAAAACUUCAUGCUCGAGGUAAUAAAUACAGAUGCGAAGUUUGCCACGAGAUGUUUUUACUAAAACAUCUUUUAGCUAAACAUAAAAAGAAACACAUUGGAGAAAAACCUUACCGUUGUGAAAUAUGUAACAAGGGAUUUGAAAAGAAAGUGUUUUUAAAAACCCAUAAAAUAACGCACACUGGAGAUAAGUCAUAUGCUUGUGAACAGUGUGGUAAGAAUUUUAAACGGAAAGGUAAUAUGGAUCAACAUAAAAAAAGUCACGCGGAGAAAACUCACUGUUGUAAUAGAUGUGGCAAGAAAUUCACACACAAACAUCAGUUGCUUGCUCAUGAAAAAACCCACACUAAAGACAAAGCUUAAGAGGCUUCAUUAAUUUUUGACAAGUUUUGAGUUGAAUCUUAAAUUUGCACUACAGAUGGAGUCAUAAUAAGUGAUAAGAUAAACGGCCAUCGGCAUUUUUUAGUCUUUUAUCUAAAUUCGUAAUGAUAAAAGUAAAUACUUAUUUUUUAAUUAUAUUUUUUAAACAAGGUCUAAAAAAACACUUCA